AACCAAUGAAAACAGCAAGUGAAUCACCCAGGCAAAAGGUUAACCGAAUUGUUACCAACUGAUAAGCAGUGCACCGGAUUAAUUAUUGUUGCGAGCGAGUGUGUCACACAGUUCGACGCAAAUAUGCGGCUACAAGUUGGCUAUAUCUUAUCGGCCAGCGUUUUGUUGUGGUCUGCGAUUCCUCAAGUGCCUUUGUUUGGGACGAUCGAACCCAACGAUCCAUCCGAUAGUGAACCACCAACUUUUCCCUAUUCCAAGAAAAUUUAUGACUCCCAUAUCAGCAUUACCUCACAACCCAGGCCGGAGGCUCCACGCAUCCCGCUGCCAGUGCCGAUUCCCACAGUUACGGGAAGCCGGACGCUUAUUCCACUUUCCGGAUAUGAUUGCCUAGCAGAUCUGCCGUCGGUACAUAUUGAACAGACCUUUGAGCUCAACGAUGCUCUAACAGGCGUCUCCUCGGAGAAUCGAUAUGUGGUGCGAUCCCCACUGGGUGACGCCAUUUUCGCGGCCAGCGAGAGUUCCACUGAAAAAGAUCGACUAGUUUGGGGAGCUGGCCGACCCUUUCAGAUGCACCUGUUGGAUAAAACGCACCAGGAAGCUCUGGUUUUUCGCAAAAAACUAGCCCUUGGAUCACUGUGCUGCCAGGCAAAAAGUCUAGAGAUCUGGAUACCACCUGGUAAUUUGCUGGGUAAAGUGGUGCAGUCACCCACCUUCAUGCAGCCGGAGUUCUUUAUCGAGGACGAAAGCACACGACAACUAGUAUUCUGUGUAGAGGGUCCUGUCGGUUCAGGACUCUGCUGCUUCUGUUUGCCCAAAGAUUGUUACUUUAAGAUCCAUUCAGGAGGCAAUAUGAGGGCUUCCAUAGACCACAAAUGGAUGGCCAGCAAGUCUCAGUACACCACGAAUAUAUACUUCACUGAUGCCAAGCUAACCGCCAAGGAGCGGGCUUUGAUAUUGGGAUCAGCAUUCCUACUGGAAUAUCUGUUCUUCCAAACCCGCUUUUGAUGUGAUUCAUCAAUAAAAAAAACGUUGUAUAUUCACAUUGA